GUGAAACAACGUUCUCUAUAAAAAUGCGGUGUACUCCCAGAUUAUUGCGCAGUUUCAAAGGCAAGUUUAAGUGGCCAAAAUGGUGUUUAUUCUAAUAGCAAUACUAGCGCUGGCCGCCGGUACCUUAUCGAACGAGGAUGCAUCCGUCCGGCAAGCAACGCCGUUACCAGCUGCACCAACAUGCGAUCCUAACUACAGGUACCGCACAUUCGACGGAACCUGCAACAAUUUGAGCUUCCCGCGUUUCGGACAAGCAGGCACAAUUUUCCAACGAUUAAUGGGUCCAGCAACCUAUUCUAAUGAUCUCUCAGCAAUCCGUUUGGCGAAAUCAGGAAACCCAUUGCCAAGCACACGUCUAGUUUCUACUACAGUCACCGUAAGCAGUAGCGUCUUUGAUUAUGACACUGCUUUGAUAACAAUGCAAUGGGGUCAAUUCAUGGACCACGAUUUAACACAGACACCACAAUUCACCAUAACUGUCGGAUGCUGUGGUGGAGGACUAUUCGGGAACGUCACUGCCAAUCCGAACGCGGAAUGUUUACACAUUCCCAUACCAAGUAACGAUCCCGUUUAUAGCAACGUGAAUUGCAUGAACAUGAUUCGCUCCUCUUAUGGCCCACGUCUCGAUGGCAGUAUGCCAACACGUAGACAACAGAUUAAUGCUAUAACCCACUGGAUCGACGGAUCGCAAAUCUACGGAAACAGCGACUCCACUGCCCAAUCGCUGCGAGAUAAAAGUUCAGGCAAAGGUCUUUUAGCAUUUUCUGUGCAAAAUGGCCAAGUUUUGCUACCCACAUCACCAUCGACAUGCUCCGAUUGCUUUGUGGCAGGCGAUAACAGAGUGCGUGAACAGCCAUUGCUUACGGUAAUGCACACCUUGUGGCUUCGGGAACAUAACCGCGUAGCAAAGGCACUAUACGCAAGGUUCGGUUCAAGCAAGUCUGAUGAAUUCUACUACCAAGAAGCUCGCCGUAUAGUGAUUGCCGAGUUCCAGCACAUAACUUACAGAGAAUAUCUUCCCGUUAUUCUUGGUCCUGAGAAUCCGGUCCCUCCGUUCGAUACCCAAUUCAAUCCGGCAAUCUUUAACGAAUUUGCCGCUGCUGCCUAUCGUAUGGGUCACUCUCAGCUGAGGAGUUUUAUAAAACUUUUCGAAGCUGACGGAACCGCAAGCAACCAAAGCUUUUUUCUCGGUAAUUCAUUUCUUACUGGUGCUUACCGCCUUCUCAAUCCCAAGUUUCUCGACAACGCCCUACGUGGUCAAUUGCUCACUCCCGCCCAGUCGGUAGACGAAUGUUUUGCUCCCGAUGUUACAAGUCAACUUUUCAGGACCACAACUGCCCUUGGUGCUGAUUUAGUUGCAAUUAACAUGCAACGCGGACGAGAUCACGGACUUCCACCUUACGUCAUGGCCCGACAGAUUGCACUGCAGAACUCCGGCCUACAACCGUAUCCUCCUCCUCCACCACCAAGGACAUUCGAUGACCUAGCCCCGACACAUUCUCUAGAAGUCAUCGCAAGUCUGAAGGCAGUGUACGAAUCAGUGGAAGAUAUUGAUUUAUAUAUCGGUGGAGUGACAGAACGGCCUCUGCCUGGCGCUGCUGUUGGGCCGACAUUCGCUUAUAUUAUUGGCCAGCAGUUUGACAAUUUGAGACGGUCGGAUCGUUUUUUUUACGCCAACCUUGGACAGACGGUUUCUUUCGCUCCCCGUCAAUUCGAUGAAAUUAGGAAAGUAAGUCUGGCUCGCAUCAUUUGUGACAACAAUGACGGAACAAUCACACAGAUUCAGCCAAUGGCCUUCCGCAGGCCCUCUCAGUAUAACAUGCCGAUUCCUUGCUCCAACAUACCGGGGAUCAAUUUCAACUACUACUAGAAGAAU